AUUUGUUAUUAAAUAGCAACAUGCCCAAAAGAAAGAGAGAAUCUCCCGUCCGAGGGGUGCCAUCAAGGAGGAAAAUAGAAGAGACUUCAGAAGAUUAUAUUUUUAAUAAUAACAGAGGGUAUCAUGCAUAUGAUGACACAAGUGCUAGUUACAAUCUGGACUCGCAUAGUUUAGAUUACGAGAGAUACAAAGCUGACAUAGCUCAUGAAAGCCUUGUGAAUUAUGAUUGUCAGGAAUUAAACAGACAGCUUAUGAGAAUGAGAGAGAAAACUGAAGGUGCCAUCCAGAAUAAUGGCCGGAAUCCAAAAGUUAGAAUCCAUCGAUUCACUGAAAUUAGCAAAGAAAUUGACAGCACUUUCCCGGAUCCCCCUCCAAAGCCGAAAGAACCAGCAAAGCCUGAUCCAGUGACUGAUCCAAAGUUGAUAUCAAAAAUUAGUGCAAAGCAUAAGCUUCCAAUGGAUAAAGUUGAAGAGAAGGAUGAAGAAACUGAGGAGGAGAAGAAAUCACCCUCAAAAAAACCUACUGCACCUGCUCAAAAAGGGGAUAUUUUAGAGAAUUGGAGAAAAGAGAUCUCCCAAAUGCUUGAAUCGCUGGAUAAGUUUGACGAAAACUUUAAAUCUUUCUGCCAAGGAAGAUUUGAGAGGGAAUUCAAAAAGGAAUUCAGAAUGAUCUUAAAUAAAUGGUCUGCAGAAGAUAUUGACAAUAAGAUUGUCCAGUUCAGCUGAAAAAUAUUAGCAGUGUUUAAAUAACAUUGAAAGAGAACCUAAAAAGAUACUUGCCGUGCUGAGAAUCUUGCUUGAUAGGCUUUUCGCAGUAACAGAUAAUAAGCCUAAUCCUGUUGCUUUCAAGUUCUUCACUGGAAUUCUUGACAUUGUGAAUAAGAAAUACCCUCUGUUUAAGGAGCUGAUGAUAGCAAAUAUUUUCUCCAAGAACAAGGGAAUUUGUUUGAGUGUUGGAAAAAGAGAGGAUUUCAAGACUUUGAAGGACUAUUUAAAAGAUCGCGGCUUUAAGUACUCCAAAGCUGAAGACGGAGGAGAAUACAAGGAAUCAAUGGAGAAGUUAUUUUCAGAGAGAUUAGGAAGAUAUUUAGAAUUCCUAACUCAUAUAUGAAAUGUUAAUAUCAAGUUUUACCAACCGUUUUUGUGGAGGUACCUCCAAGCAGUGUUGCAUGCUCCAGUGAAUGAAUUUACACCUUUAAUCAUUAAAGUAAUCUUAGAGCAUUGAUCUAAGCAGUUGGUAUCAGUUUAUGGAGAUAAAUUCAAGCAGAUUUUAUUACAUAUUAAGAAAGAUCAUGAUGAAUGGAAUCGAAAAAUGACUGGAAAGAAUGACAAACCAAGCACUCACAAUGAUUUUGUAGCUAAGAUGUAUCAUUAUGCCAAUAAUGACUUAAAGAAACUGAACCCAGACGACUGCUCUAUCAUGACUCAACAAAUCGAUCAGAUAGAGAAAUGUAUAUGAAAGAUUAUGAAGGGAGACUUUGACUUUUCAUAGACAUUUUCAACCUUGCCAUAAA